AUGAUCAUUGAGGAUGAAACGCAACAAACUGAAGGGUAUUCGGUUGAUGAUAUGGGGUUCACUGUUGAAAACACUGGGUACUCUCCUGAUCUUCCCUGGGGGUCUAUGAAAACACUCCCCCUGGACCCACCCUUUGAUCUGAGCGCGGACCCACUUCUCAAACCGAUUGAGUUUCGUGCCCUACUCCUCCUUCGUCACCCCAAACCUCCUACCCCUAGGGAUGUCUUCAACCUUUUCAACAUGAUCCCCAACACAUACCUUAGAAGAGGGGCGAAGGAUGGUACGCGAUAUUUUGGCACUGGGUCCAACCCUCGUAACUCCAAGUGCUUGUUCAGUUUUUCGAUUGAGAUGCCCUUCACGACUCUCGUGAUCACUAAGAUGAUUGCCUAUGUAGCACCGAGCUUCAGAUUCACUUGUUGCAUUCUUUUUAGGGGGUGCAAGUCGAGACCUCACCGUGAUGCCAAUAAUGGGGGUAACCAAUCUCUUGUGAUGCAAAUUUCUCCACCCCUACCAGGAGCAGCUCUCUGGGUACAAGACAUUUGUGGUGACGUCAUCAUGGAGCACUUAGGAACCCGAGUCAAAGGACGUGUUGUAUCCAUUGACACACCUUACCUGCUCAAUGCCCGCAAAUGUCUUCAUGCUGGGUAUGUUCCUCCCCAUGUCGACCCCCAGCAACGAGUUGUACUAGUGGCCUUCAAUACCAUCAACCUAGGAACCCUCAGCCCUGAAGUCAUCGACCAACUGCUUGACCUUGGCUUCCGAAUCAACUCGAAAACUGACCUCAAAGAAGCCCUAGAAGAAGCCCCCAGGUUUAAGCAGCUCACUCUGCAGGAAUUCCUGCAGCUUCCGCCCUCUCGAAAGGACUGCCACGACGUCAUCGAGGUCAUGGACAGUCAGGACGAGUAG